AACUAAUAGACUAUUGGGACAAGAGAGACACAAUUCUGAUAAUUUUGACCCGUCACCCUCGACAAAAAAAUGUGUGGAUAUAUAUUAAGCCAUAGACUAAUAAUAAUAAUAAUCAUAAUCUUGAGCCUUUGAUUAACCUAAUAUUUUUCCUUUCAUCCAUAUUAUUUGGGUCAGCUGACACAUGCUCAUCAUCAAUUUCAAAAUUCAAUCAUUACAACCCAACUGUCAAAGUCUCGUAAUUAUAAGAACCGUCUCCCAAACUCACUCUCAACCUAAAUCCCAAACAAAAAUGGCGGAAAAAGAAGCCAUUGAAGAAGCUCAUAGCAAGCUUCGAUUCAAGCUCCUUCGAGAAAUUCGUUGGAGUAAUAGACGAGAAUGUGAAUUUCCUCCCAAGGUUCGUCAUUACAGGAAAGUGGUGUCUCCUUAUUAUGAAAACUCUCCUCCGACGAAGGAAGAGAUGGAGAUAAUGGAAUCGUGUCCGAAGGUGGACAGAGAGAACCUUGAAGAGUUGCUUCAGGAGGAGAACUUCUACUUGGUUAUGAACUGGAACCGAGGUAGUGAAUCUGGUGAUGAGGAGGAAUUCGCCGACGCUCCUGAUUUUGUGGAAAUUAGAUCCAGAAGAAGGAUACCAUGGGUGCCGGUGUUAAUUUAUAAACCAAAGGAAAGCGAUAACCAUAAGAAAAGGCCAGCGGUUGUUUUUCUUCACGAUAUGAAUAAAAACAAAGAGUUCUUCCGUCCAUUGCUUAAGGCGUAUGCUUCGCGGGGAUAUAUAACCGUUGCGGUGGAUGCAUGUUACCAUGGAGAACGUGCCACGUACACACACGCCUAUAGAGAUGCACUUACUUAUGCGUGGAGUUCUGUUGACACGUCGCCAUUCAUAUAUGAACCGCAGGUUUGCGACUUGAUGAGAUUGGCAGAUUAUCUAACAGAAAGAGAGGAUAUAGAUCCUUCUAGAAUAGGAAUCACCGGAAUAUCACUUGGAGGAAUUCAUGCAUGGUUUGCAGCAGUUGCUGAUACUCGCUAUUCUGUGGUUGUUCCUCUGAUUGCUGUUCGGGGAUUUCAAUGGGCCAUAGACAACGAUAAAUGGAAGGGUCAAGUUGAUAGUAUGGAGAUUUUGUUUGAAGUGGGUCGUCAUAAUUUGUGUAAAGAUCGUAUGGACAAAGAAGUAGUGGAGAAGGUCAGCCGAGUUUGUUUGCAAUCAAUUCCAAUUUCUUUAUGCUUUGAUUUAUUGGUAUUUGAUCAUGUUUCUCCUUGUUUAACUUCGGAAUUUGAUGCGCCCUAUUCAAUUCCAGCUAUAGCACCACGUCCAUUGCUUAUUAUCAAUGGUGCGGAAGAUCCACAGUGUCCCGUUGCAGGCUUGGAAGUUACAAGGUCAAAGGCUAUUCAGGCAUACCAAGCUUUUCAGUGUGUAGAUAAUUUUAAGUUUAUUGCAGAAGCUGGAGUUGGACACCAAUUAACCAGACUGCAAGUGAAGGAGUCAGCUGAUUGGUUUGAUAGGUUUUUAAAGCCUUAGUUGACGUGUUCGCAUGUAUAAACCAGCUUGCUUACUCCAUUGUCUUUGUUGUGAUUGUAUGUCAUUACAUAUCUUUUUAAUUUUAUAUUUUGUGAUGAUACUUUUUAUCUUAAAUAAAAUCAUGAAUCAAUUAAGCUUUUAA